AAGAAGAAGAACUAAGCAGAGGAAGAGGACCGUUGGGUUUUUCGGUCGACGCGCUUCUCCCGUAUAUUAAACAUGACUAUUAGAAAUAAAUUUCUCAUAAUGAUUUGCAUUUUCUCGUUGAUGUGUUAGACGUUUUAUCCGGGCACGAAAAAAAAAAAGACGGAAUUGGAUCUUCCCCCAUUUUUCUUUUUUUGAAUAAUAUUUUUCCUUCGAUCGACCUCGUAGUAUUUUGGAGGGGAUUUGACGGAGGCACCAUCGCCGUCACCAUCAUCAACUUGGAGGCCAGAAAAGGAGAUUUCAUUCAUUUCCUGCUUUACACCACACUUGGAUGCAUCGCACAGACCACCUUCCUCCUCCUCCACAUCAUCAUCAUCAUCCUCUUCAUCGAUUCUAUUGAGCAGUCGAUCGUUUGAUUGUUCGAUUAACCGAAGCCGAUGCAGCGGUACAGGGCUCGUGCACACCGGCGUGGUUGACAUGGCAACGACUUAUUCGGAUGUAUAAAAUAGCAUCUAUAGGAAGCAUCGUGAUCUCCAUGUGACUUUUUGCAUCGCGCUGUAGUUCAGCUCCUCUCAGCUGGCUCGUUUCUCCUUUCAUCGUCCGGCAUUUGCACUUGUGCUUGUAGCAGAAUGGCCCUGCUGGUUGAAGAGCUGCGCGGACUGAGCUGGAUCCUCAUCAAAGCACUGCUGCGCUUCACCUUCAUGUUCAUCAACAACUGCGUGGCGAUUCCGUCCUACUGCUUGUACCUGAUCGUCCUGCAGCCGCUGAGGAUGGUGCACAGCUCUGCUUUCUGGCACAUCGAAGGCGUCAUGUUCCGGUGGCUUCUGGCCAUGGUGGCAUCAUGGGGCUGGUGUGCAGGAUACACAGUGACAGAGUGGGGCGACGACGUGAGGCCGUUAUCCGAAGAUGAAGCGAUGGUCAUCGUCAACCAUCAGGCCACCGGGGACGUCUGCACUCUAAUGAUGUGCCUGCAGGAUAAAGGAACGGUGGUGCGGAAGAUGAUGUGGUUAAUGGACCAUGUGUUUAAAUACACCAACUUUGGCCUGGUGUCUCUGAUCCAUGGAGAUUUCUUCAUCAGACAGGGCAAAGCGUAUCGGGACAAGCAGCUCAUUUACUUAAAGAGCCACCUGGACAAGUACUACUACAGCCGAGACAGGAAGUGGAUCGUUCUGUUUCCUGAGGGGGGCUUCUUGAGAAAAAGGCGAGAGACGAGUCAGUCAUUCGCCAAGAAGAAUGAUUUACCCCACUUAACACAUGUGACCUUGCCGCGUCUAGGGGCCACUCAGGUAAUCCUGAAAACACUUGGACCACAGCUGGAGAAUGGCAUGCUGGGAAACGACACCAGUUCGUCAGCACAGAAAGAUUGUAAAUCUAGAGGCCUGCAGUGGGUAGUAGAUGUGACAAUAGCAUAUCCCGAAGCCAAACCCAUGGACAUCCAGACGUGGAUUUUUGGCUACAGAGAACCCACGGUCACGCACGUGCACUACAGGAUGUACCCUGUAAGAGAGGUGCCGGGGGAGAAGGAGGCUCUCACAGACUGGCUUUAUCAGAGGUUUGUGGAGAAGGAAGAACUUCUCGCUCACUUCUAUCAGACAGGAGUGUUCCCGCCAUCAAAAGGUCAGAAGGAGGCCGUUUCCCGGGCGAUGACCCUGGACAUCGCGUGGCUGUGCGCCGUCCAGUCGUUUGCCUUCAUCUCGGGCUACAUGUGGUACAACGUCCUUCAGUACAUCUACUGCUGGCUCUGCACACUGCUGUGGUGAAGAGAGAGCGCGAGAAAGGAAUGGAAAGAGGGACGAUGACUGAGGAAGGAGGAACAGCCAUCGUUGCCGAUGUCUCGGAUCUGUUGAAAUGCCACAGACGCUGUCUUUAACUCCUUGGAUGGCAAAAUAACCAUGGAGGAAAAUUGUAUUUGACCCUAAAUCCCAAACCUGCACCCUGUCUGGGCACACACAAACCCACACAUACACAUAUACAGACACACACUCACACAUACACUCAAACACACAUGCAGUUCUGCAAUACGGACAUACAUUCAAUGAAGAAGGUGAACAGUGACAUGUUUACACAUAUGUGUCCAUAUAAAUAUAUAUAUAUAUAUAUUUAUAUAUAUAUAUAUAUAUAUAUAUAUAUAUAUAUAUAUAUAUAUAUAUAUAUAUAUAUAUAUAUAUAUAUAUAUAUAUAAAAUUCUAUAUCUCAUUGUUUACUCGUGCACAUGCUGACACAUUUUAAUUUGAAUUCCAAUCAUAUAUUAGGCUCAGGAAUAAGCCAAUUUCAUUCACCUGCCAUCUGUAACAGUGUCUUGCUUCCGUCUGUGUCGUGCGGAAAACGUCCUGCAAUCGUACUGAAACGGAUUGUGCUCUGGACUUCCUGUCAUCAUUUUUGUCCUCCUCUCUCCUGCUAUUCCCUUCGUUGUCCUGUGUGCCCUGUUUUUUUUGUCUUUGUGUCUAGACAGUAUUGCAAUUCGCUCACGUUUACACUGGACGCUUAGACAUCGCCGGAUGAUUUCCAAUUCACCUUCUGUCUCAGUAAGGGACCUUGUUUUUUUUGUUUUGUUUUGUUUUUCUCCUCCGCAUCACGUCUCUCACGUUUCAUACCACCGAACUGCUUUCUAGUAGAACUCAAACUCCUCUUUGUUACCCUAGUUGAAAUAAUGUUGGUGUUUUACAGAUAUAAUUAAGCCAUAUGCUUCGUGUGUGAGGACUGAUCCUGGAAAGGACUCAAUGCUGACUGAAUGAAGUGCGAAAUUAGGCCCCAGGUGUCAUUACUGUAAAUUUAGAACAGCGUAACCUGCCGAAGCGUGCCGGUCAACGUUCUUUUUGUUGUUGUUGGGGUAUUUUUUUUUUUAUUAUUAUUAUAUAUUUUUAUUAUUAUAAUUUUUUUUUUUUGCUUAACGUCUAUUUGCUGUAUGUUCUCUCAGCGCUCACUGCGAGUCACUGUUUAUUUUAAUUUUUUUUUUUUAUUAUUAUUACUAUUAACGUGAACUUUUGGUAUUAUAAACGCUGAAAGAGAAUCCAUGUGGUGACUGCAGCAAUUCAGUUGUUUUUAGUAAAAAAAAAAAAAAAAAAAAAAUCCUGAAUGUUAAAUUAAUAAAAAAAAAAAAAAACCACCACACACGCAACAACAAUACUACGGUACCCCUCCAUGCUGGUGUUUCUAGAAAUUUCUCUUUCUGCGUUUUUAAGGAAACAGAUAUGUUGGCGCGUGACCCUGAUUUAGCCUGACCGUCUGCAGUUUACCUCAUAUUUCUGUAACCUGUUUAGUUUUCACAUCAAGGAGGUAGAGUCUAGUUUGGUGUCUUAAGUUUGCCUGUUCAGAUCAGGAUGAUUUCUCAUUCAUGUGUCGAGGGUAUGCUUGUGCCGAGACAGGGAAAAAAUGCUAACGUGUAGCAGAAAACAUAAAUGAAGUUCAAUAGGAAUACAACAAACAAAAUACAAUACGGAACU